UUGCCCAGGCAUCAAGGCUGGGGAAAGAUGAGACAUUCCUACCAGGAACAUAGGACAGUGACUUCAUAGAUAGAGGAAAUCAAAACAAAGUGAGACUACAGGGGUAAAAUAAAAAUGCGGAGAGGAUACAUUAAAAAGAGCCAGGUUGCCAUUGUGUCAUUCUGGAAAUAGAGCCUCAGAAAUAGUCUCCCGCAUGUGGCUCUGUGAAAGGCCAGAUUGCGCUCACCAGGCAUUAUGUUUAGGUCAUAUGGACGGAGAAAUUGCCCAUGAACAAAUUUCAAGAGAAAUCUACAGCCUCCCUUCAACGUAUUCCUGAGCUCUGCUCUCCCUCUCAUCACUCAUUUCUCUCCAUCUUGGUUUCACAGGCAGCAAAGAUUAACAAUGAAAAAUCAGACCAUGACUGAAUUCAUCCUGCUGGGACUAACAGACAUCCCAGAGCUUCAGACUGUAAUCUUCAUACUUCUCUUCCUCACCUACAUAUUUAGCAUCUUAGGUAAUCUGACAAUCAUCACCCUCACACUACUGGACUCCCACCUCCAAACUCCCAUGUAUUUUUUCCUCCAAAAUUUCUCCUUCUUGGAAAUUUCCUUUACAACCAUUUUCACUCCUAGGCUGCUGAUCAGCAUCUCUACUGGGAAUAAGGCCAUCAGUUUUGCUGGCUGCUUCACUCAGUAUUUCUUUGCCAUAUUCCUCGGGGCAACAGAAUUUUUUCUUCUGGCUGCCAUGUCUUAUGAUCGCUACGUAGCCAUCUGCAAACCACUACAUUACACAACCAUCAUGAACAACAGAGCCUGUAUCCAGCUGGUUCUCUGCUCUUGGCUGGGUGGGUUCCUAAUCAUUUUAUACCCCAUCAUCCAGACCAGUCAGCUGGAUUUCUGUGCCUCCAAUGUGCUGAAUCAUUAUUGUUGUGACUAUGGACCUCUCAUAGAAAUAUCUUGCUCAGACACAAGACUUCUGGAGCUGGUCGACUUUAUCUUAGCAGUUGUGACUUUGGCAGUGACCCUGGUGCUGGUGCUUCUUUCCUACACAAAUAUCAUCAAGACCAUUCUGAAGAUCCCCUCUGCCCAGCAAAGGAAAAAGGCUUUUUCCACAUGUUCUUCCCACAUGAUUGUCAUCUCUCUGUCUUAUGGCAGCUGCAUCUUCAUGUACAUAAAACCUUCAGCAAAAGAAGGCGUUGCUGUCAAUAAGGGAGUAGCUGUGCUCAACACAUCAGUGGCCCCUUUACUGAAUCCCUUCAUUUAUACCUUAAGGAAUAAACAAGUAAAACAAGCCCUCAAGGAUGUGGCCAGAAAGAUUAUGCAACUUUAUUUACUUUAAUGGCCUCAAAGUCGAUGGAAAUUUUGAGUGAUGUUCAUGAAGCUCCUCCAAGUGAUCAUUUUAGCUCCUGAUCCCUCCUUUUGUUAAAGUGAUUUCUCAGAUGAAUUGACUGUGAGCACGUUACGUGUCAAUAUUUUGUUUCAAAUUUAUUGGAAAGAGAAAGGAAUUCCAAGAAGGCCAGUUCAGAGAUAUUUUUCUUCUGGUAGAUGUCUUUUAAUUAAGGGGGAAAGGCUGGAAAAAUAAUAUUACUAGACUGGACACAAAAAAAGAACUUUCUGCUUAAAAAAUUAUUUUGCUUAUCAUAAAUCUGGCGAUCAACUAAACGAUUAAACCUAUCUUCCUCUAAGGAGCUCUUAGUCUCAUCAAUCACUAUCAAAAAGUUGAAAACACGUUAUAGUAGAAACGCUGGAUACUUGCCAGAAGAGGCUAUUGAUGAUAUUAUGUAAAAAAUUUCUACAUCAAAUUACAUUUUGUCAGAUUUGAAACAAUUUCCUUUCUUAAGCUUCUUCCUCUGACAACUCUUAAAACUGCUUCUUUCUGGUAUCUCCUACAGAAAGUAUUUCCCGUUGUACAGUAUGAGGUCUCAUGAGUACUCAUGAGAACAUUUCUGGCUCUGUCAUUUCCAUGCUGAAACCAGAUUAAAACUG